AAUGUUCACUCUUAACUUAAUUCUAUAUCCAGAUCCUGUUUAUCCAGAAUGUGAUCCUGUUUAUUAUAGAGAUCCAGAGCAAGAUCAUACCAGUGGAACGUAUGCAAAAUCGGUUAGUACUUGUUCUGGAAAAUCUGUUUGGAGUUUAGGAUUUUAUUAUAUGUACUAUUAUAAUUCUGCUUGGAGAGUUGGUUAUCCUUUAUGUGCAGCUUCAUCAUACAGAACAGGAGAAGACACACUAUAUCCUUAUGGUACUGCAACUAUGAUGUGGGAAGGAGUUUCAACUGUUUCAUGUUCACCUAUAGGAGUAGCCCCACCAGGAGGUAUUUCAUUGACGAUGGAACAGACGACAACAAAAGUUCAAACUACAACCGUCAACCCGUCAACAAGGGUAACGACAGAGCAGACAACAGUUUCAACUGUACCCACUACAGAGACAACGUUACGAACAACUGAAGAGACAACAGUUUCAACUGUUCCAACUACAGAAUCAACGUUACAAACAACUGAAGAGACAACAGUUUCAACUGUACCCACUACAGAGACAACAUUACGAACAACUGAAGAAACUACAAUUUCAACUGUUCCAACUACAGAAUCAACGUUACAAACAACUGAAGAGACAACAGUUUCAACUGUACCCACUACAGAAACAACGUUACGAACAACUGAAAAGACAACAGUUUCAACCGUUCCCACUACAGAGACAACAUUACGAACAACUGAAGAAACUACAAUUUCAACUGUUCCCAAUACAGAAUCAACACUUCAAACAACAGAAGCAAAAACUACAUCUAUAGUUGAUGAAACAACAACGCAACAGAUUACGACAAUUUUAAGGGAGACAUCAACCACAUUUAGCACUAAAACUGAGAGUAAAACUUCAACAAUAUUACCGACAACAAUGGAUGGUAUUACUUCAACAGUAUUACCAACUUCAACAGACCAUAAGGUUUUAACAACAUCAUCUGCAACGAUUUCAACCGGUGGUAAAACUUCAACAGUCUCUAAGAAAUUUUCAACAGUCUUACCAUCAACUACUGUGAGAAUUACAACUGACGAAAUUUUAUCCCCUACGACUGACACGACAACAAAUAACAAACAGUUGAAAGGACAGUCGACAUCAACGACCAGCGGCUUUAAUUAUCAGACUCGAACAAAAAUAUUUUCAAAUAGAAUUGAGGUUACUAAGAAAUCAAGUACAUAUUCAAUUGAUUCAAAAUUAACAUCUAUUGAUUUAUCUAACCAAACUGAGAUAAUUGAGCAAUGGAAACAAUCAAAGACAUUGAAAGAAAUAUAUCAAAGUGGUAUCACAACACCAGCUCCUUCGGUGAAUUGUUCGAUGGACAAUGUUUUUAAACAAACGGAAGUGAGAUAUAUAGACAACAUUCCAAUUUUCAGCCUACUUAUUCGAUUUUGUCGAUUUGGAUUUGAAUUUCCUGAUCAUACUUUAUACAGAGGAAGCGAAUGUAUAGGACAAGAUGUAUGGUCGAACAUCGAUAAAUCCUGUCAAAAAAUAGAUUGCUUAAAGGAUAAGGAUUUAUUAGACACUUUUGCAAAAUCUACAAAAAGUUACCAACGACAGUAUGCCAAAGUUUGUAAGAGACAAUUAGACAUUGAAACGGAAAAGUUAUGUCCACCCUUACCGUAUUGGCCUAAUAUCAAUGUUAAAUUAAAUGGAAAUAGUACUAUUGCUGAACUAACUUGUAUAGAUGGUUUUAGAUUUGUUGACGGAGAAGAGACUGUUUAUUUAUCCUGUUGGAAUGGAUUAUGGAACGAUUCUUCUUUUGUUAAUUGCAAAGUUAAUUUAUGCGCUAAUGCUCCAACUUAUGAAUAUGCAAGAAAAGUUACCAACACACCGGAAACUAAUACAACAUUAAUUCGAUACAAAUGCAAUAAUAGUACAUUGACAAAAUUCGGAUAUGAUUUUUUCGAUUUAAGGUGCUCUAAAAACGAAAAAUGGAAUAUUGAAAAUGUUACUUGUUCCGCCUAUAAUUGUCCAGCUUUAUCGCAACAGAACCAUUCGAGCGUUAGUACAAAAUUGACAGAAAAUGGAACUAUUGUUCAUAUAAAAUGCUUUCUUGGGUAUAUAACGAAAUUAUUUAAACUAUCCGAAACAUUACAAUGUUACAAUGGAAAUUGGGUACCUAAAAUUUGGGGAAAUAUAUGUGAAAGAAUACAAUGUACAACUCCGAAGAGUAUACCUUUUUCCAAGAUUGUUUGGAUCUCUAAGAACCUGGAAUAUAAUUUAACUUGUCAACUUGGCUACUGGUUUAAAUCAAAUUUAACAACAACUUACGUAAAGUGUGAUAUCUAUGGGAAAUGGCAAAAACAAAUUGAUCCAAAGUCUUGCCAGAGUUUGUUCAUUAAUAACAUAUAAUCAGCCUAUUUACAUUAUAAAUAUCAAUAUUGCAUUAAAUCUACUUAAAUACUGAUAAUUAACAUUUAUUUUCGUGUGUAUUAUCUUUUAGGGGUGACUUGUCCCGAUCCGAAAAAUAUACCGAAUGCUAAUAUAAGCUAUACGACCACUGAAUAUAAUUCGGUUGCGAAAUAUUCUUGUCUACGAGGAUAUUCCUUAGAAGGUGGAGAUGGAAAUUCAACAUGCCAAAUCGACGGAAGCUGGUCUUUCGCUGGAUAUUGCAAAAUAAACGAGUGUAAACCAAUACCAGUAUGGGAAGGAGUAGUUUGUGAUAAGAAUUCGACAAACUGGGGUACGGAAUUGAAUUGUAGCUGCGAGAUUGGUUAUAGAUCGAAACUAUCUUACAAGAUUUCAUUAUGUCAAGAUGUAUGGCAACCAAAUAUACAAGAAUGCGAAGAAACUGUAGAAGUCGUUGAUAAAAAGACAACAGAAGCUCCCUCUGCCGAAUACAUUGGUACAUCAUUCGGAGUUGUAGUUGGAUUCGUUAUGACAUCAAUAAUACUAUUGGAUAUUACUCAUCUUUCCAGAUGUUUUAAAAAAGCUAAAAAAAGAAUUCGAUCAAGAAUUAAAAUUAGAACCAAUGUUAAAAGACAAUAAAUAUUUAUUUAAAUAAUUAAAGGCUGGGUCCUUAGAAAAAACUGAUUUAUUAGUAAAGAAAAAAACUAGUCUCUGAGUCUAAAUUAUUCACUUGAUUAGACAUACUUUUUUUAGAUCCCUUUGCAAAGUAGUAUAUGAAAGUGACUGAGGCAAAAGAUAAUUUACCAUAUUUCUCCGUUGUUUAAUUAAAAACUGUAUUCAUAUAUAUAUAUAUAUAUAUACAGUAUAUAUAUAU